AUGAAGUCAGUAAACACAGACACAGGACCUGAGCGACACACAGGACCUGAGCGACACACAGGACCUGAGCGAGACACAGGACCUGAGCGACACACAGGACCUGAGCGACACACAGGACCUGAGCGACACACAGGACCUGAGCGACACACAGGACCUGAGCGAGACACAGGACCUGAGCGAGACACAGGACCUGAGCGAGACACAGGACCUGAGCGAGACACAGGACCUGAGCGACACACAGGACCUGAGCGACACACAGGACCUGAGCGAGACACAGGACCUGAGCGACACACAGGACCUGAGCGAGACACAGGACCUGAGCGAGACACAGGACCUGAGCGAGACACAGGACCUGAGCGAGACACAGGACCUGAGCGAGACACAGGACCUGAGCGAGACACAGGACCUGAGCGAGACACAGGACCUGAGCGAGACACAGGACCUGAGCGACACACAGGACCUGAGCGACACACAGGACCUGAGCUAGACACAGGACCUGAGCGACACACAGGACCUGAGCGAGACACAGGACCUGAGCUAGACACAGGACCUGAGCGACACACAGGACCUGAGCGAGACACAGGACCUGAGCGAGACACAGGACCUGAGCGACACACAGGACCUGAGCGACACACAGGACCUGAGCGAGACACAGGACCUGAGCGAGACACAGGACCUGAGCGAGACACAGGACCUGAGCGAGACACAGGACCUGAGCGAGACACAGGACCUGAGCGAGACACAGGACCUGAGCGAGACACAGGACAAGAGCGAGACACAGGACCUGAGCGAGACACAGGACAAGAGCGAGACACAGGACCUGAGCGACACACAGGACCUGAGCGACACACAGGACCUGAGCGAGACACAGGACCUGAGCGACACACAGGACCUGAGCGAGACACAGGACUUGAGCUAGACACAGGACCUGAGCGACACACAGGACCUGAGCGAGACACAGGACAAGAGCGAGACACAGGACCUGAGCGAGACACAGGACCUGAGCGAGACACAGGACCUGAGCGAGACACAGGACCUGAGCGACACACAGGACCUGAGCGAGACACAGGACCUGAGCGACACACAGGACCUGAGCGAGACACAGGACCUGAGCGAGACACAGGACCUGAGCGAGACACAGGACCUGAGCGAGACACAGGACCUGAGCGACACACAGGACCUGAGCGAGACACGGGACCUGAGCGACACACAGGACCUGAGCGACACACAGGACCUGAGCGACACACAGGACCUGAGCGAGACACAGGACCUGAGCGACACACAGGACCUGAGCGAGACACGGGGCUAGGCAGGAUCUGCUCGUCCAUACACUGCCAAAUCUGUUCCACUGGAGAACGUCCACAAAGUGACGGCAGAAGCACAAGUAAAAGUGUCAAAUAUCAGGAAAGCCCUCGGCCCUCUAGUCUUGGAGGCCAUUCAGAAUGA